CAGGCGGCUCGGGGUUCGGCCAGCCCCGCGUGCUUCAAACUUGCGCAGCGAAGCGUGUCUAAACUCCAGCGAAUCCUUUUGAAAAAAAAAAAAAUAAAAUAAACUCCAGCGAAUCCGACCGCUAGCCCCUAGAGAAGGGGAAGGUGCAGGCUGCCCGCUCUGGCUUCCGCCAGCUCCUCACGGGGCCAGGGGUGGGGUCCGCCGCCGCGCGUGAUGUUGAAAGCCCGGCCCUCUCCCCUCUGGGAGGAGCUUCCUCGUCGCUGCCAGAUUUAAGCCAGGUCCCGGCCUUCAGCAUCGGGCCAUCUUCCCUCGCAGCCCAGCAGUUCCCGGAGCUGAGGCGUGUUGGAUCGUGGGCAGGGCCCAGAACCGAGCAGAGGUCACACUGCCUCGUUGACGCUCUGCGCUCCAGCCGGGGGGGCGAUGGCGGCUUCAUGUGUCCUCCUGCACACUGGGCAGAAGAUGCCCCUGAUUGGGCUGGGCACCUGGAAGAGUGAUCCUGGCCAGGUAAAAGCAGCUAUUACGUAUGCCCUGAGUGUAGGCUACCGCCACAUUGACUGUGCUGCUAUCUACGGCAAUGAGGCUGAGAUCGGGGAGGCCCUGAAGGAGAAUGUAGGACCUGGCAAGGUGGUGCUUCGAGAGGAGCUGUUUGUGACUUCUAAGCUGUGGAACACUAAACACCACCCCAAGGAUGUGGAGCCUGCCCUCCGGAAGACACUGGCUGACCUCCAGCUGGAGUAUUUGGACCUGUACCUGAUGCACUGGCCUUAUGCCUUUGAGCGGGGAGACAACCUUUUCCCUAAAAACGCCGAUGGGACAAUCCGCUAUGACUCUACCCACUACAAGGAGACCUGGAAAGCUCUGGAGGCACUGGUGGCUAAGGGACUGGUACGAGCACUGGGCCUGUCCAAUUUCAGCAGUCGGCAGAUCGAUGAUGUGCUCAGUGUGGCCUCUGUACGCCCAGCUGUCCUGCAGGUGGAAUGUCACCCAUACUUGGCUCAGAAGGAGCUGAUUGCUCACUGCCAAGCACGCGGCCUGGAGGUGACCGCUUAUAGCCCUCUGGGAUCCUCUGAUCGAGCUUGGCGUGAUCCUGAUGAGCCUGUCCUACUUGAGGAGCCGGUAGUCUUGGCACUGGCUGAAAAGUAUGGCCGGUCUCCAGCUCAGAUCCUGCUCAGGUGGCAGGUCCAGCGGAAAGUGAUCUGCAUCCCCAAGAGUAUCACACCUUCACGUAUUCUCCAGAACAUCCAGGUGUUUGACUUCACCUUUAGCCCAGACGAGAUGAAGCAGCUAGAUGCCCUGAAUAAAAAUUGGCGAUACAUUGUGCCCAUGCUCACAGUGGAUGGGAAGAGGGUCCCGAGAGAUGCAGGGCACCCUCUGUACCCCUUUAAUGAUCCAUACUGAGACCACCACUUCCUGGUUUCCAUUCCAGCUCUUCAACUACAAGGUCCUGCCACCCCCAGAAAGGAGUUAAUAAAGUCAUUGGAGCAGCCACACUACUUGCUUAUUUGUCUGGUCAGACCUGAGAUGGAAACUAUUUCCCUUAGAGCUGCUGAGCUGAGGGAUGCUGGAUGCCACCUGUCCCAAGCCCGGACUUCUUUUCUUUUUUGUUUCUGGAGAAACCAGUAUGUGGCUGAAUUCCAGUUCUACUUUCUUGAAUUAGGUACAUUGAGGUAGUACUGCCAUCUAGUGGCAGCUCACAGCACUACAUACUGUCCCAGAGUGCCCAAAAUUAGUCUUCUCAGAGUGCCAUCAAGGUACGGAGAGUCGGGAUCCCUGGGUGGCGCAGGGGUUUGGUGCCUGCCUUUGGCUCAGGGCGUGAUCCUGGAGACCCGGGAUCGAGUCCCACGUCGGGCUCCUGGUGCAUGGAGCCUGCUUCUCCCUCUGCCUGUGUGUCUCUGCCCCCCCCUCUCUCUCUCUGUGACUAUCGUAAAUAAAUGAUUAAAAAAAUUUUUUUUUAAAAAGG